CCACCACUGACGACAGUUAUCGAUAAGUUAUCGAUGGUGCUUCACUUGUGCAACUAAAUGAAUAGAGGCGACGCGACGUUUCAAUCUUAUAAGAAUAGGGAAUAAAGCGACAAUGAAGCUGCUCCAUGCGCUGUGGCUGCUGAGCAGCCUGCUCCUGGUUUCGAGCCAGCAGAAUCAAACAGCUAACUCCGCCACCAAGGACGCCCCUGUGGUGGCCAAUGCGACGAACGUGACGGCCAAAGUGAUUGCAGGAUCGAAAUCGGAAACUGGAUCUCCGGGAGCUGCCAGCCAGCUGGUGCCGGGUAAGGAUGCAGCCGUGUUGCAGCCGGAAAAGGACUCCAACAAGACGACCACGGCAGAAAACGCAGGCAAGACCAAAAAUCUCACGAGCACAGACACAGGCUUGCCCCCCGUUCCUUUGGCCACUUCCAAGCCGGCUGUGGUGCAAAAGGUGGCCAAGGAGGCAACCAGUACGACCUCCACCACAUCCACCACCACGACGACCACCACGGCCAAGCCAGCUGCAGGAUCAGCCAUUGUCACCGAGGGCCAGUCCAAGAAGGACGUCACCAAGCCGAGCAACUCCUCCACCAAUGGCGCGGCAACAUCCUCGAGCAACAGCACCAACAGCGCCACCACCAAAACUCCCAAUGCAACCAUCAUCGCAACCACGCCAAAGCCGAAGAAGCCGACGGUGGUCUGGAGCACCGAUAUACACCAGGAGGGGGAGGAUAUGGCGGAGCUGCAGAAGAAUCAGGAUAAGCCUGGUACAAAGGGCGGUCCCGCCCAGCUACUGGCUACGCCUCCGGAGCCCAUGGUGCAGGGGCUCACUGGAAGUAAUCUUGCUGAUCACGGGGACAACGGGUAUGUGGUGCCUAUUGUUACCGUGCUGCUGACCGUUCCACUGGCCAUCGGUGUGGUGACCAUCAUGUAUCGCCGCUUCCGCGACAUGUGGAGCACCAGGCACUACCGCCGCAUGGACUUUCUGGUGGACGGCAUGUACAACGACUGACGAAGACGCGGACGACAGCCAGGCAGCAAGGGCGGCCACUUCUCCGGGUGCUCCUCCACCUCCUCCGGCGCCCUCGGAUGAUUAUUAGUUGUUUAAGUUAUACACGACUGGAUGUGCUUGCAUUCAAUGCAAGGUCUCCGGAUCGAAAGCAGAGUGAGAGAAGCGGAGAGCAGAGGAGGCGGUAGAAUGACGACACAAAACUAUGAUAUUGCUCAGUCAAUUAGAGGAGAAGGAGAAGGAGAAAGGGAUUCGCUUUGUAGCGUGGCUAGGAUACCCUUCCGAGCGGCCAAAUUGAAUUUAAACCAACUGAUUUUCGACACUAAAUUCGAGUGGACUCUUAAGUUUAAGCAUUUGGAUUUUUGUCAAGCAUUUGUUACCAAUCAAAUUGAUACCGACACAUAUAUAUAUUUAUAUAUACCUACUUAGGCUGCUGUAUAUCGAAGGCUGCGACCAAUCGCAUCGAACUCUCAACCAUCAGCAUCAGCGCAAUUAGCAAUCACACAUUUACUCCACAAUCUAGCCGUAAUGUGCCUUACGAAUCAGCUCUAUAUACAUAUACACCUCUACACAUGAUAUUCUCCAUCGACGAUGCUUUGGGGUGAUUUCUUCGCAUUUACUUUACGCAACCAAGCAACACUCACUUAAAAAAAAAAGCAGCAGAAACCAAAAAUCACAAGCAAUCGGCCUGAAACAAGCAAAUUUAUUGCAUUACCAUGUGUAUAUACAUGAAUAUAUAUACAAACAUAUUUCUUAUUGUUACCAAUAUAACAACUACAAUAAAGCAAAAAGGCGUCAAAAAAUGAAA